AUGAGGCUGAUUCUACUACCUUGUUUCCCAAUCCUACUGUUGAUUCUGUUCUUGAUCACAUUCUCAUCCUCUGCUGCUGAAGGGUAUGCAAAAUCUGAAAGCCUUACAAAUGAACCUUUGUCAAAUCUUAGCCACCUUCAUGAUAAAGGAGGUUCAAGACAGAAUACAGGUGAAGCUGUUCUUGGUGAUGAGAAAAGGAUAAUCUACACUGGUCCUAAUCCUUUGCAUAACAGAUAA